GUCAGCUAAAAAUAUUUACCAAUUAGCCCCGUGUCUGACGCUGACAACACUGCUUGUGGAGAUACAUCAACGUCAUGCCCUUACGUUAGGUUUGAGCGCGCGCAACAGAACGGAGAAUGUUGAACCUGCAACAUCUCCGUGCUGUUUGAAGUUUGGGACAUCGGUCCUAGGGCUCGCAUAUAUAAAUUUCAUCUUCGUCGACAUGGCCUCUUUGAACGGCUUUUAAACAGCCAACAUUCGCCAUGGAUCUCCUGCUCAUCGUCUACGCCAUCGGAGUCCUCAUCGCGCUCGCCCUGUACAAGCUCACAUCGUUUAUGUGGAGCAGAAUCGCAUCGCCUCUCCGACACCUCCCUGGUCCCCCAAAUGACAGCUUGAUUUGGGGAAACGUGGAAGUGAUACAGAAGGAAGAGGAAUCAGUGCCUCAGGACCGAUGGGCUCAGCAGUACGGACACACGAUCGCCUACCGUGGACUCUUUAGCACGAAGCGCCUCUGGACGGUGGACACCCGUGCGCUGAACCACAUCAUGACGCACCAUACCAUCUACCAGCGUCCGCCGGCCGUCAGGUAUGACUUUUCGCGCCUUGUCGGCUCCGGCAUAUUCGUGACCGAAGGUGCGCUACCCCUCGCGCCGUUCCCUUUUGCAUUCUUAAUGGGUCCACUCCACAGGUGA